AUGGACGCGUCAUUGGGGAUUGUCAAAGCGCUGUUCCGGUGCCGUUUUGACGCCGCUGCAGCAUCUUCUAUAUCUGCAAAUGUUAAUAACAUUCAUGUGCUUAAUGACACAAACUUCAAGAAAUGGAAUGAGCACGUUAUAAUUGUGCUCGGGUGCAUGGAUUUGGACUAUGCGUUAAGAGAGGAUCGCCCUCCAGACCUUACUAGUGCCAGCACUGCUGAGCAAAGGUUUGCUAUGGAAAAAUGGGAGCGAUCCAAUCGCAUGAGUCUAAUGAUAAUGAAACACUCAAUUCCAAAAGCUAUAAGGGGUGCAAUACCUGAGGAAACCCGAGCCAAGACAUUCUUGGACCAGAUAGUAAACUAA